AUGGCUAAAGCCGUACACCGUCGACAUGCAGGGCGAUAUCGCUGUCGCUAUUGGACCUAUGAUGGACAGUCCCAGUACAGUGACUCCCUGGAGCUUGUGGUGACAGGAGUCUACAGUAAACCCAGCCUGUCAGCCUUGCCCAGUCCUGUGGUGACUGAAGGAGGGAAUGUCAUCCUUCAGUGUGCCUCAAGUCAGCAAUAUCACAGGUUACUUCUGACUAACAAAGGAUCACAGAAACAUUCCUUUACUAAAGACCCACAGUAUAAUCAAACUACUGAACAGUUCCAGGCUCAAUUCUCUGUAGGUCCUGUCAUCUCUAGUCAAAGAUGGAUAUUCAUGUGCUACAGUUAUCACAGUUACAGCCCACAGGUGUGGUCAGAACCUAGUGAACCCCUGGAGCUCCUGGUCUCAGGGACCCUCCACAAACCCACCAUCAAGGCUGAGCCAGGAUCCGUUGUAGCCUCAGGAAUACUCAUGACCAUCUUGUGUCAGGGGAACCUGGAUGCAGAAAUCUAUGUUGUGCAUAAAGAGGGAAGUCAAAAACCCUUGGACAUGCAAACCCCAGAGAAGCCUGAGAACAAAACCAAGUUCUCCAUCCCUUCUGUGACACGUCUACAUGCAGGGCAAUAUCACUGUUACUGUUACAGUUCAGCUGGCUGGUCAGAACGCAGUGACACCCUGGAGCUGGUGGUGACAGGAAUCCACAACAGUAAACCCAGGCUGUCAGCCCUGCCCAGCCAUUUGUUGACCUUAGGAGAAAACAUGACUUUUCAGUGUAUCUCAGAGGAGAGAUAUGACAAGUUCAUUCUCAUCAAGGAAGAUCAGAAGUUCCUCAGCUCUGUGGACUCACAGUAUAUACACAGUAAAAUCCAGUACCAAGCCUUGUUAUCUACAGAUCAUGUAACAACAGACCACAAAGGAAGAUUCAGAUGUUAUGGUUACUACAAGCAGACCCCACUGCUGUGGUCAGUACCCAGUGACCCCCUGGAAAUACACAUCUCUGGAACCAUUGGAGCUUCGACCCGACCACCCUCAAGGCCAAUGACAACAGAUGCCUCAAAGAAACAAGAUCACACAGUGGAGAAUCUCAUCAGGAUGGGGUUUGCUGUUAUGGUCCUAAUAGUCCUUGGGAUUCUGGUCUUUGAUGCUUGGGGCAGCCAGAACCUGGCCUCAUGGUCUCCUUAGGAGAGGCCAGGACCCUACUCAUUCAAUCAUGAAGAUGCAUGGAAAAUCUCUUCCUGUCUAGGGAAAGACUAAACAU